ACAUGAAUGAUUUACCAAUAAGCGUACCAAGGUUAAAUAACAAAGCAGCUUAUGAUAAGAUUGCGCUGAGGCCGAAGAGAAGAGCCGCCGGUAGAUCACGAGGUGCUCAGCAAAAGCAUGUGAUUCGAGUAGAGGCACAAAUUAACGGAUUUCCUGAUUCACCAACCAUUGAAGAUGAAAAAGAAGAAAUAUCCAGAGAUAUUUCUCCGCCUCGAGCGAAGAAACCCCGGCCACCAAGCUUCUCACUACAACCACCCCAAGCAGAACAGAGCGCAACUGGAUCUGGAACGACUGUCACACCCAAUAGACAUUCUAUGUUUGGCAGAUCACCAUUGGGUGCGGCGCCGGGUAUGAUUGUUCCAACCUUAGAAGACAUGCAAAAAAUUAAGCUACGUAAACGACAACCAGAAUUGGAGCCCAAAACCACUGACAAAUCAACCAAAGAAAAACCAGUGUCGAACAAACCAGAUGCUGACAAGUCCAAACUAUCAAAGAAAUCCAAUUCUUCGGAGAAGAAACCUACCAAACAGGAUCAAAAGGGUCAAUCGGAUGGAGGUUCUUCUAUUUUUCCUUGGAAAAAUAAAUCAAGUACGUCGUCCAAAAGUCCGCCCGCCAAUCCGAAUGCUCUCGAAGACGCACAAAAAGAAAAUGAGAAACCAAAACCAACUAAGAAAAAUGUUAGUGCAAAAGACUCGAAAUUGGGGUCGGCAUCGAAACUAUUUUCGGGGAAUGACAAAAAAGAAACGACUAAAAAGAAGCCUUUUGGUUUGGGGAGAAAAGACAAAAAUCAUUCGGGUAAUAAUUCCAAAACAAAAAGUGAAAAUACAACAGCUGAAAGCGUCGUGAAAAUGGAUUUGUCGAGUUCGGAAAAGGAAAUUGAGGAGAAGACCAACAUGGAAUCGGAAAAAAUGAAUGCCCAUCAAGACGGUGGUGAAUCUCCUGAAAUUGUUGAAAAUGAACCGAAGCAAAAACAUAAUGUCAAAAGCAAAUACGCGGAUAUGUUAAAACUGGAAGCAGAAAAAUUGGCGGAAAAAAGAGUUGACGAUGACCAUGAAAAACCACCGUCCCCUAUAUCGCCUCUUGAUGUCGAAAAGAUGAUAUUUGGUGAUAGCUCGGUGGUGAUAACUGUUGAGCAUAACGAAAUACCGCAAAUCGACAAGCCCGACUCACCAAAAUCACCGCUUGAACAGAAAAUAUCGAUUUUCGGCGAAACCUUCAAACUAAAAUCUCCUGAUAAAGCGACAAAUACAUUCACUAUCAAUAACGUGACCGAAACAGAAUCUGCAAAAGAAAAAGAACAAGAUGUAACGAUUAAGAAGAACACAGUAGUUCAGGAGGAGAAAAAAGAUGAGCCCCUAUCGCCUGUUAGAAAAGUGACAAGUCCUAUAGAGGCACAUGUGGAAGCUAAGUCGAUAUUGAAACGUUCGAAAAGUCAUGAAUAUAAUGCGGAUAUCACAAAGCAUGUUGUACAGUCUGGUCAAUGCGCAAAGGUGGAAAAUUUGAAAUACAAAGACAACAUUGCUGAGCAACCGUCUUCUGAACAAAUAGAGGAAUCAAAAUCACAAGUAUCAGACAAAAUCACAUUGACUACAAAAAAGAAGUCGUCACCAGUAUUUCCCAGAGCUCGCAACGAGGAUCAAAAACAUGUGUUUGGUGAUAAAAAGAUCCGUGCAAAUACUGAACCAAGUGUAGGCAAAACAAAAGAGCCAAGUACAAACGAAGGCCAAAAGUCUACAACUAUCUCACCGAAAACGCCGACGAACCCAUUGUUAGAUGAACAGCCAGGAGGACUUUAUUCCCGUAACAAACUGAAAUCGAUUGGAGAUAGAACCGGAACUGAGAAAUUUGGGGAACGGAAAUCUGAAUCUUUCAAAGCCUCAUUGGUAACUUCGCCAACAAGGGCUCUGCGGGCCCGCUCAUUCAACGUCGGAUCGAACUCUCCUGUACAGGCUAAAAUUUUAGCAGGUCAAAAAAACAAAGCGGAAACACGUGAUACAAUAGAGAAAAUUCCGAGUUCGCGAACUUUAAGCCCCACAAAAGAGAAGCCAGCUAUUGCCACUAAGCCCCCGAAAACCCCGGAUAAAAGCCCAAUGAAAACAUCCAAAACUUUAUUUCAAGAUGUUGAAAAUAAUAAUAUAAAACCAACUGAAAAAGUUGAAACAAUCAAACAGCUUGAUAAGUCGGAAGAAAGUGAAGUUAUUGUCAAACCUGUUUUGCGUAGGAACACGACGAAAUCUCGAUCCUCUCGGGAAAAAGAUGACAAAAAUACGGACGGUGUUCCAUCUUGGAUACAACUAGCCAAACGACGAUCGAAAAUAUGGGAAGAUGGUCAGGCGAAAAAUGAAACUAAUUCAUCGUCUCAGAAAACCACGGCGGACAAGGCGCCCGAGAAGGACGCCGGUCGGCCGAAAUCCUUGAAGGUGACACUUGCAGAGUCUACCAACAAGCCGGAGGUCGAAGAAAAUGUAUCGAAGCCGGCGCCGAAAGAACGCAAAAAUUUACCAGGAAAAAUAACAGCAUCAAACACUGCAAGAUUUGAGAAGGAUACAAACGCGUCGAGGGAACGACCAAAUCUUCCGCAAAAAAAAUCCACUACGCCGACUUCUAAGUCAUCAAUAGCUCCGAAGGAACGCAAAGGCAGUUUGAUGAGCCCCGAUCCACCUUCUCCGACCUCUGACCAAACCAAUCGAACUGCUCCUAUCCCCAACAUCAGCAUGGUAUCCCCAAAGCAUGUGAUGAGCGGCUCAAAAGAAGUGAAAUCAGAUGGGCAGCCAUCUUGGUUGGCUAUAGCUAUGCGCAAACAGAAAACGUGGGUCAAGGAAGAAACAGUGUGAAUUUGGAAACGUGCUAUUUAUGAGGCCAGGAAUUAUCGCGAACAAUUCGACAAACAGAAAAUGUUUUACCAUAGUGAAAUUCGAACAUUAAGCUCAUGAUUCUAUGAUUGGAAAUUUUGGAGUUUGUAAAUAUGGUUCCCGCGUAAUCAGACGUAGUCUACUUGGUAUAGGUUUGAUAAACAGUGGAAUGUUGGCCCAAUUUGCCUCAAAAUUAAAUAUAUUUUGUGCAAUAAUAUUAAAGGAAGAAAAGCCUGAAAGAAAUCGGAAUGGUAAUUUGUAACCGAAGUUUUUGAUGUGGCUUUCAAGUACGUUUAUUUGUUUAAAUAUGACAUAAUUUACCUAUUUUAAAUAAUUCAGAUAUGGCGCGAGUUGUUCCUAUUUCCAAGGUCAUAUUUCUUACUCUAUCACAAUCUAUUCUAUACUAACUAUACAAUGGUAGCCGCCAUUGAUUCCUCUUUCGAAUUACCUUUACGUCACUAAUUCAAAACUUUCAUUCAAUAUUAUCUACUGCAUAGCUGCUCAUAAUUAUAAUUGCAACCUUGUUGAUUCUUAUUUUUGCAUUUUUUUCUUCUUUUUAGAGUACAAUAAUACUGAUAUUUGCGAUCAAUAAUACAACGUCGUACAUUGAAA